AGUGGCUCUGGUUAUUUGCUUCUGUACCAGGUCGGGAGGGUAGUUGCGGGAUGCGAAAGCUGUUGUCAGGUUGUUGGUGUAAUGGUUCAGGGAUUCUGGACUGGAGCAGAUUCGUUUGCCACGAAGACCUAGGCUGUAGGGAAGGGACCGUUUGAUGUGGAAUGGGUGGCAGCUGUCAUAAUGGAGGCGUACGAGGGGGCCAUCCUGGUACCCAUGGCUGUUCCCUUUAAUUGUUGGUAUGUCUGGCCUUCAAAAGUGAAGAAGUUGUGGGUCAGGAUGAAGCUGGCUAAGGUAAUGAGGAAAGGGGUUUUAGGUAGGGUGGCAGGUGAUCGGCGUGAAAGGAAAUGCUCCAUCGCAGCGAGGCCCUGGACGUGCGGAAUAUUUGUGUAUAAGGAAGUGGCAUCAAUGGUUACAAGGAUGGUUUCCGGGGGUAACAGAUUGGGUAAGGAUUCCAGGCGUUCAAGGAAGUGGUUGGUGUCUUUGAUGAAGGAUGGGAGACUGCAUGUAAUGGGUUGAAGGUGUUGAUCUACGUAG